GUCGGGCGCGGGGCUGGGCGGGGGGCUGUGUCCCUCUCCUCACUCUGCCUGCGAUUUUCGUUCUUCUCGUUUCGGUCUAGCCGAGCCCCGGAGAACAGUAUAGGUAUCUCGCCCCAUCCGCCCGGCAGCCUUGUGCGUUUCCAGUCCUCUGCUUUCGUGUUCAGCCGCCCCCCUUCUCCUCCGGGCUCGACUGCAUUGACUGCAGUCACUCGCGAGGGAAAAGAGUUCGCCGGUCUCCGCUUAGUUCUGUGCUGCCUGAUCUCUUCCUGCGGAGCGACAUGGGUCGUCGCAAGGAGAAGUACGCAACUUCCAGUGCGCGGAGGCGGAGCCGACACGCCACCGCUGCGAAAAAGCUGAAGAGGCACCGGAUAUGCCGUGUCACCACGAGGUCCAUGGUUCCAUCUGCCCCAAAACCUACAUUUCAAGGAGACGUCAGUGGCCUUGAGAUGCGGGUUUUCAACGACAAGGGGCGCGGCGUGGUCGCCACACGCCACUUCCCGCGCGGCAGGCUGCUCCUGCAGUACAAGGGCGAGCUGCUCAGCAAGCGGCAGGGCCUUCAGAGGGAGCAAGACCUGCCCGAGGAGAGCGGCUCGUUUCUUUACUUCUUCCCCUUCAAGGGCAAGCAGUACUGUAUCGAUGCUUCCGCUGAAACUGGCGACCUUGGGCGCCUUGUUAACCACAGCCGCUCCACUCCAAACGUCAUCCCCCGAGCGCUGCCGGGGCCAAUCAUUGUGUUCGAGGCGCUGCGCGACAUCGAGCCCGGGCAGGAGCUGCUGUUCGACUAUGGGGAGAGACGGAGUGAAUUUUUACUUAAGUUUCCGUGGCUGAAAAAUUGACCCGGGUGGAAGGAUUUACAGUUUUAACUGCAUCGGAUGUGUUGCUUUUAAUUGAACUUCAAUUUUGAGUUUAACAUAUGAAAAUAUCAAGUCUUUCUUCAAGAAAAUUCUAGUCAUGACUUCAUUUAAAAUGCAAAAUUCUUCAGCAUAACUACAAUUAACUUAUUUGUUUCUGUAGUGUAAACUGCAGUAAAACUACAAGUUAUUUGAGACAACUAUAGUUUUCUUCCAGUUUUACUGACACUUUCCUGUCAGCUGGGAUGUCAGCAGCCUAGACAGUUGUAGACAGUUUGCACUAUUAGUUGAGUGCAGUCUUCUAGUUGUAAAAUUCUAAUGUUUCUUGAAGUUUUACUAACAAAAACAAUGUAUCUUUUUCUAUGGGAAGACUGAAUUUUAAGUGUCAAAAUUACUUUGGUUAAAAAGAAGGCACAAGACUAGCUUAGAUACAGUAUGGUGUGUAGUUUAACAGGACUGCCUUUUGCAGGAAUAAAAUUUUGCAAACUCCUAUUUGCACCUCUCUUCAAAGACUUACAUAAAAAUAUAACAAAAUGUACUGCUCCCUCCAUCAAUAACACACUUAUAAGUUCUGUUUGAAAGCAUUUUUAUUGUCCUCUAGUCAUGCUCCAUAGUAUAUACAGUCUUCCUUUCUUUAGUUAAAAUGUAACUUAAAAAAACAAGCACCAGUAACAUUUCCGUCAUCUUCUAUAAAUUCCACCCAGUAACAUUGCAUAAUCAGCGUAUUGUUACUUGUACAAACUAGGUCUGUUUGUUUUGAUUGAGCCUGGAAGCAAAUAAACAUUGGUUAAUAAAUAUUUUUGUACUGUGACAAA